AUGGUAUCAGGUUUGAAAGCGUGGAUUUAUUCGCAAUAUGAAGUAGUGCAAGAGUAUAAUGCCUUACCUGGUGAAGAAGUCCUGCUGACUGAUCGCUACACCCAGCUGUUGAUCAUUGAGAAACACAGACAGCAGGAAGAACGAGAGAAGGAGAUCCGGAUCAGUGGACCAGGGUUCUUCGGUGCCAGAAGUAGCGAAAAUAGAAGCAUCACAGUAGACCAGUUCUUUAGGCCCAAAGAUAAUGGCCGUGUUCCUAGAGCAGUGAUUCUCCAGGGCAACUCUGGACAUGGCAAGUCCUUUACAGUUCAGAAGAUCAUACUGGACUGGGCAUCAGGACGACUCUACCAGGAUCAGUUUGCACUCGUUUUACACCUGACCUGCAAAGAACUCAACCUCCUAUACAAAGACGGAGUGCAGAAGAGUGUUGUAGAUCUACUGAGCUUCAGUGAGACGUUUACCCCACUGAUCCUAAAGAAACUGAAGGACUUGCCUCAGAAAGUGCUUCUGCUAAUUGAUGGAUUUGACGAGCUCCAAUUUCCAGUGUGUGAAAUCAGCAAGUCUCCUGUGAAAGACCUUUCCACUCCAGCUCCAGUUGAGGCGAUUCUGGGUGCGCUGCUGAAGGGGAGCAUCCUCUCUGAGUGCUUCCUGCUGGUCACCACCAGACCCACUGCCUCAGAUACACUAAGCAACCUGCUCAAACAUCCUGUACGUUCCAUUGAGAUUCUGGGCUUCUCUGAGGAGGGCGUACACGAGUACAUCAAGAGGUUCUGUAAAGAUGACGAGGUCUGGAAGAAUGUAUCCAACAGAGUAAUGGCAAAUGAAACUCUCUUCACCUCCUGCUUCAUUCCUGUCAUCUGCUGGAUCGUCUGCACUGUAUUUAGGGAUCAUUUGCAAAAGAAUGUAGAAAUGACUAAUAGUCUGAAAACAACCACCUCCAUAUUUGUCAAAUUUGUGUCGAUUCUGCUGAAGCACCACUGCCGUGGUUUGAGGCAGCCUGUAGCAGCUCUGCUGAGGAGCCUGGGCCAGCUGGCAGAGACAGGGAUACAGAAGCAGCAAGUUCUGUUCAGCAAGGGAGUUGUGUUCAACACAGUAUCCGAUCCGGCCAGUGUUCCCUUCCUGUGUAAAUUCCUGCUGAAGGAGACAGUGGAUAUGGUGGAAAUGUUCAGUUUCAUGCAUCUGAGCUUUCAGGAAUUCUUCUCAGCACUCCACUACAUAUCAGGCGAGGAUGAAGAGAAGGCCAAAGAUCUGUUCAUAGGCAUUGAGCAACACGAAAGCAGAAGCCAUCUCCUACCUGUCAUUCAGUUCCUCUUUGGUCUGUCACAUGUGAAGGUGACGCAAGACCUGAAGGAACUUGGGGUGACCCCCAAUCCCUGUGUAGGAGAGCAGCUGAAAGAGUGGGCUAUGAAACUCAUUCACAACAAUAGGGAUAGAAAUGACAUGAUGCUGUUCACUCUCCACUGUCUCUAUGAGCUCCAUGACAAGGAGUUUGUGAAGAGAGCCAUGGAGGUGUGGGGUGAGGUGAAGUUUGAUGCCAUCCCCCUGACGAGGGCAGACUGCUGGGUGCUGCUGUACUGCCUGCAGUGUUGCCCCACCAUCCCAAAGAUUCAUCUUGAAAAUUGCAACAUCACACCAGAUAAGCUGAAAAUGCUGCAGCCUGAACUUAACAGGUGUCAGGAGCUGUGGUUAGAUGUGGAGAGCCUGUCAGAUGCUGAUGUUUAUGACCUGGUGUCAGCUAUGGGAGAAGGGAAGACCCUCAGUCAACUAAGGGUGUGGAACUGCAGCCUGUCAGAUGAGAGUGUGCAGCAGAUCCUCACCGCUGCCUCCAAGCAGAAGAGUGUGGAUAGAGUUGUCCUCAAUGUGAAGAGCAUCACCCUCAGCAUGGCUGUGAAUCUGAUGCGCUUCAUGAGGAACACACAGACUGUAGAGAGGGUGGAGUAA